AAUCAAUUUUUUUCAGGGACUUUUACAUGAGUAGCACUAGCUUGGUGGGGUUCCGCGAAAGGAUAAAAAAAAAACUUCGCUUCAAAGUUAACAGCGCUUCCGGAUGUUUUGACGAUGAGAUCUGUUAAUCUACCUCAUUUAGUCGCUCAUUCCCCAUAUUCUUCUUUUAGGAGCUACACAAUCACAAGCUACAUCACAAACUACAUCACAAACUACAUCACAAGCCGCGACGCUCCCUCAAUUUAGAUCGCGGGGCACUACAAGCAUUUGUAGUGGGGCAGUCUGUUUCCUGCCGAACCAUGGCUACGCACGAUGUACCAAAGACCUGCAAGGUCAUAUUAGCAGAGACCAUUGCUAGAGGUCUCCUCACUGAGGUCAAGGACACACUGAAGUCUAUUCAGAAACACAACGAGGGUCAACCCACCCUAGUUGCCUUCCUUGCCAAUGAUGACCCGGCAGCUGUUAAGUAUGCUGAAUGGUCAAAGAAGACUUGUGAAGAGAACGGCUUUACCUUCGACCUGCGUCAAGUAGACAAGGAUAGACUAGAAGAAGAGAUUAUGAAUGCCAACGAGGACAGCAAAGUAGACGGCAUUAUUGUCUACUAUCCCAUCUUCCCUGGCAACCCAGCUCACGACCGUUACGUUCAGGAAACCGUCUCGCUCUCCAAGGAUGUUGAAGGUCUCUGCCAUAAACACAUUUACAACAUGUACUACAACGUGAGGUUUCUGGACCCUCCACAGAACUUGAAGAAGUCUAUCUUGCCCUGUACUCCCCUGGCCGUGGUUAAGAUCUUGGAGUACCUUCAGAUCUACAACUCUAUCCUACCCUAUGGAAACAGACUUUUUGGGAGAACCAUCACGGUUAUCAACCGCUCAGAGGUCAACGGCCGGCCGUUGGCCGCUCUACUUGCCAACGAUGGCGCCACUGUGUACUCUGUCGACAUAACAGGAGUUCAGCUCUUCACUCGUGGCCAGGGCAUCAAGCAGCCACGACACCAGGUUCAAGACAAGGAGGGUUGGGCCUUGGAACAGUGCAUACCCAUCAGCGACGUCAUCAUUGGCGGUGUCCCCGCGGAGAAAUACAAGGUGCCGACGGAGCUCAUCCGCGAUGGAACCGUCUGCAUUAACUUCUCAUCUUUCCGGAACUUCGAUGGGCCCGCUAUCAAAGAGAAGGCAUCGAUUUACGUGCCUUCUGUUGGUAAAGUUACAAUUGCAGUGCUGCUUAGAAAUCUUGUGCGCUUGAUUGCAAACCGCCCUUCAACUAACAAAGACGGAUCUACCGACGAGAGUACGCAGAAGGCCAAGAGCGAAGCAUUUGUAGAUGGUUAAAAUUAGACGGCAUAAGCUGAUACCCCGAUUUCUCACAUACUAUUAGAUCUUAGAAAUGCAUGCCCAAGGCGUGCUACAAAAAGUUACAGAACUUGAUUUCAACUAUAA